AUGAACGCUGCUGAGAACGUCGACCCCUCCGUCGAGGGUAUGGGCCACGCCCACCCUGCCUCCUUGGACGAAAAGAAGCCUUACCCGGCCCAAGACGAUGUGCCUGCCUCCCCCUCCCACAAAGACGGUGCUAUCGAGAUCGGGGAGGAUGAGGUCGCGGACGACCACCUACCCGACCCAUUCGUCCCUUUCGAUGACCUGCCGGAAGAGCGCAGCCGUGUGCUGACCGUCCGCGCCGUCAUCAUGGGCUGCAUUUGCGGUGCUCUCGUGAAUGCGUCAAACGUCUAUCUGGGUCUCAAGACUGGCUGGACCUUCUCCGCCAAUCUGUUUGGCGCCAUUCUCGGCUUUGCUGUCAUCAAGUUCUUCUCCGCAGCAUUUGCCGAGAACUUCCCUAUUUUGGGUGGUGGCUUCGGGCCCAAGGAGAACAACAUCAUCCAGACGGCCGCCACCGCGUCCGGAGGCCUGUCGAACGUCUUCGUCUCAGCCUACCCGGCCUUGUACCAGCUGGGCCUCAUGAGCGAGAAGCCGAGCACCGAUUUCUGGAAGAUUGUCUCGCUCACCGCCGUGGGUGGUUACUUUGGUUUCUUUUUCGGCACCCCUCUCCGCAAGUUCUUCGUCAUUCACGUCGCUCGAGAGCUCCGCCUCAUCUUUCCGACUGCCACCGCCACGGCCAUGACGAUCCGUUCGAUGCACCAGGCCGUGUCCGGCGAGGCCAUUGCCAAGAUGAAGACCAAGGCCCUGGCCUGGUCCUUCACCACCGCUUUGCUCCUGCGUGUCGUGUCGCAGUACGCUGUCGGCAUCCUGUGGGACUGGCACAUCUUUACCUGGUUCUUCAUCUGGGGCAACUACAACAAUCUCGCCAUCAACGUCGAAAACUGGGGCUGGCUAGUCGAGUUCACCCCUGCCUUCAUCGGUUCCGGCAUGCUCGUUGGCCUCAAUGUCGCCAUCUCCUUUUACGGCGGCAGCAUCCUCGCCUGGGGCAUCAUCGGUCCAGCCCUCGUCCACAACGGCGCCGCCUUUGGCGUUGCCGCGUCGGACGACCCCAAAUGGGAGGGUUACGCUUCCUUUGCUUCGCUCAGCCUGUCAGCCUCGAACAAGGACACGCCUAGCCCCCGCUACUGGCUCCUUUGGCCCGGCGUUCUAUGCAUGAUUGCCGUCUCCUUCACCGAGCUUGCUCUGCAGUGGCGUGUCUUCGUCUACGGCUUCCGCGCCAUUUCCCGUGGAUGCUGUGGUGCCAUAUACGCCAUGGGCCGCGCCGCCGGCAAAGAGCUUGGUUAUUUUGAAGAACGCUCAAAGCAAGAGCUUAAGGAUGUUGUUGAGGACCCCGCUCUGCCGAGCGAGCGCGUCAGGACCUGGAUGUGGCUCCCUGGCUUGAUCCUAGCCGUCAUUACGAGCUGCGUCGUCAUGGGCGUUGAGUUCGAUAUGCCCGUCGGCAUGUCCGUUCUCAGUGUGUUCCUCGCAUUCUUCUUCAGCUUCCUUGCCAUUCAGUGCACGGGUGUCACAGACAUCACCCCUCUUACCGCUGCCUCCAAGGCCUCUCAGAUCGUUCUCGGUGGCGCGACAAAGGGCGAGCAAUGGGGCGUCGCCCAUGCGCAAAAGCUGAACCUGCUGGGCGGUGCCCUCGCCAACAUGGGUGCCAACCAGUCAACCGACCUGACGGCCGAUUUCCGUGUGGGUUUCCUCCUCCGGACCCCGCCGAUCCAGCAGUGGAUUGCCCAGGGCCUGGGCACCAUCGUCGCCGUCUUCCUCGCUCCCGGCAUGUUCGUUCUGUUCGCGACCGCGUACCCUUGCAUCCUCGACACCGAGGCAGAGCACUGCGCCUUCUCCGCCCCCUCGGUGUCUGCUUGGCGCGCCGUCGCCAUCGCCGUCACCGAUCCGGACUUCCCCAUCCCGACGAGCUCCGGCAUUUUUGCCAUCUGCUUUGCGAUCCUGGGCGCUGCCAUGGUGCUCGUGAGACAUUUCCUUUGGGUUGGAAAGCUCGAGUGGGUGAGGGCGUACCACCCCAACAUGAUGUGCAUUUCUCUGGCCUUUGUCCUGCCUCAAACUGUCUACGGUCUCGCCAUGAUCAUGGGCGCCCUGCCCGCCUACAUUUGGGCCAAGCGGAACCCGGAGAGCUUCGACAUCUAUGGCUACGCGGUCGCUGCUGGCCUCAUCGCCGGCGAGGGCAUCGGUGGUGUCGUCAACGCCAUCUUCCAGAUUGCCGGCAUCUCGGGCGACUUUUACGGCAGCAACAUCGCUUGCCCUGGCGAUUUGUGUUAA